CUAGUCUUCAUCCAUAGUUGCAAACUGAAAUUGUUAACAAUUUUCUGGUUUUGUAAUCUAAUUUAUUGGUUAUGGCAGAGGAAAAAAAGUUGACAAAUUUUGCAGUCCAAAAUGGAGCAGCUGAUAUUUCUGAAGUCAUUAAGAGUUAUAUACCAAUUUUGAAUGUGAGAAGACUUUCAGAAAAGGCCACUUUGCCCAAAAGAAUGUUCCCACAUUCUGCAGCUUAUGAUCUUUUCAGUGCAAGGGAUAUUAUGGUACCAGCUCGAGGCAAGGCGAAAAUUGCCACUGACUUAAGCAUAGACUUACCUCCAGGAACCUAUGGUCGUGUCGCUUCAAGAUCAAGUUUGGCUUGGCAUCAUUCCAUUGAUGUUGGAGGUGGAGUGGUAGAUUUAGACAAAAACCCCAUUUUCGUGAUACUGUUCAAUCAUUCUGAUGUUGAUUUCGAGGUGAAAGUUGGCGAUAACAUAGCACAACUAGUCAUUGAGCUCCAUGCUAUACCUGAGGUUGUUGAGGUUUAUCAAUAAUUAUAAUGUGGCAUUUGAAUUUGCUGGAACAGCUUUAUGUCUGUGUAUAUUAUGCAGUUGUUAUGUUUAUUGUUUAACUCUCAUGCUCCGAGGCUGAUCUAGAACGGGUUCUUUGGGUUAAACUGAACUCAUUGAUUUGUGCUCGAACUAUGUAUACACAUGCCAAAAUAAAAAAUAAAAAUGUAUGCAUGUACAAGGAUCACAUUCAUUUUCGAA